AUGGAAUCGGAGCAAGCGCGCCUAACAGCCAAACUGGUGGACCUCGAGGACCGAUCGCGCCGCAAUAACAUCAGAGUGCGCGGGGUCCCGGAGUCUGUCGCAGGGUCAGAUAUCCCGGAGUAUCUUCGGCAACUCUUCACGGCGAUCCAGCCUAGCCUGGAGCCAGCUGACCUGCGCUUAGAUAGGGCGCAUCGGGUACCCAAACCCGCUACGCUGGCACGAGACAUACCGAGAGACAUUGUCACAAAGCUACACUAUUUCAGCGCCAAGGACGCCAUACUUACGGCGCAACGAAAAUCUACGGCAAUGCCACCGGGCUAUGAAAAGAUCUCCCUAUUUGCUGAUUUGUCGCCUAUGACAAUGGCGAGAAGAAGAGACUUUAUAAAUGUCACAAAAUGCCUUAGCCCCUGGUUGUCCCGACCGCAUCUAUGCCUAUACAACCCGAGGCACCCUGAUGGCAUCCCUAGUGGCACGGCCCAUCUCACCAAGUUGACCAGCUUUAACCCAGUAAACUCGGGUGGCUCCUACACUUGCUGUGCCCAUGUUAUACCCAACACUAGACCCUCUCCUUCCCUCUAUCCAUAUAGUCCACCACCGGUCACAGACCCUCUCCUUAGAGCCCCCCCCCACUGCCGAGACAAUCCUCUGCGGUGCUACCCCUCCCCACAGUGA